AUGAAAUUAUCUCCUCUGGAUGAAAAACUACCAAACUUCUUACAUGAUUAUUUACCAAUUGAACCAAAAGAUGACAAAGUUUUCGUUACGUUAACUUAUGCUCAGUCAUUAGAUUCUAAAAUUUCGAGUGGACCAGGUAUUAGAACAGUUAUAUCUCAUCCAGAGACUAAAACCAUGACCCAUUAUUUACGUUAUCAUCAUCAAGGUAUAUUAAUAGGAACUAGUACUUUAUUAGUAGAUGAUCCAGGUUUGAAUUGUAAAUGGAAUCCAUUUAAUGAAACUACGAACCUUGACAAAUAUUCUCCUAGACCUAUCGUCAUUGAUAUGAAAAGGCAAUGGAACUUUAAAGGAUCCAAAAUGGAGCAAUUAUAUUUACAAAAGAAAGGUAAAUCUCCGAUAAUUGUUGUCAAUAAACUUCCAACACAUGCUGACCAAGAAGAAAAUGUUGAUUAUUUUGUUUAUGAUAAUUCAGAUGUAAUCGAUUGGGAGCUUUUAUUCCUGAAUUUGAAAAACAAAUAUAAUAUUAAAUCUAUUAUGGUAGAGGGUGGUGGAAAUGUAAUUAACCAACUGUUACUCAGACAUGAUUUAGUAAAUAGUCUAAUAAUAACAAUCGGUUCAGUUUAUUUAGGUGAGAAUGGCGUUUCUGUUAGUCCCUCUUCAAAUGUUCAACUAUCUGAUGUUAAGUGGUGGGUAGGUACAACUGAUUCUGUUUUAUCAUGUAGAUUAAAAAAUAACAAGGAUUCUUCCUAA